AUAUCCCAUAACCUGGGCUAAAUGUAGGUAGACUUACACGUGAAGCUUUUCGUGAUGUGCUUAAAUUUUUACAGCCCGCAUUUGUAAGCUUGCGUGCUUUGAAUAGCUUGAACGUCGUCCUUGUAGGAUUUUUGCUAAGCUGACUGGCCUACUUCUAGGCAUCUUAGCUCUCUCAUUCCACCGCCUUUUGGUCCUAGAGUGGAAAUCCGGGGACUUGAACUCCACUAAUUGUUCGAUGUAUAUUGCUGGUAGACAGGUAUCCAACGUUAUAUCCAACUCACAUUUUCAACGGCCUAGGCUUUUAUUGCUUCAACCACCGGCAAGUGUCUCCUGACGUAUCGGGUUUGCUUCGAAGUAGAUCGCUCGAUGAGGACUUUUUCGUCGUGCUGGUGGAUCUCUUUACCUUGUAGAUCUCUCAGCCGCCAUCAAGGUCUACUCAUCUAACCUAGUAGCCUGGCAACAUAACUAAGACUAACAAGGAUUAUUUUCUCCAGCAGGCUAUAUGGUACUAAUUCUUCGUCGCCCGCUCACCUACAUGAUCCCAUGACAAAAUAAAUACUCGAUCGAGUUGCACCUUAAAGCAAGUAUCCCACGCACUUGCAACUAGUCUUGCAGAAGGUUGCAAUGGGAGACCGAUCCCAAUCCGACGAUGUUGCUAAUGUCACUAUUGGGGGAGAAACUACAGUAUUCACAGAGCCCAAGGGUGGCUCGGAGAGCGAUGCUGAAGUACGCCAUGUCUUCAAUGAGCAGACCAAUUAUGUCCCUAGGAGGACCAUAAUCACGAUAUUCCUCGCAUGUGCCAGUGUCGACCUAUUAGCUCUUAUGGACCAAACGACAUUAGCUGCAAGCUUAUACAUCAUUGCAGACGCGCUGAAGUCAACCGGCCAAGCGUCGUGGAUCGCUAGCGGAUAUUUCAUAACAUCAACCGUAGGGCAACUUUUGUACGGACGGCUUUCAGACAUCUGGUCUCGCAAAGUGAUCCUGCUCAUCGGCUUAGCUAUCUUCUUCGUUGGCUCCCUGGCGUCAUCUCUUUCCCAGACUGUAACUCAGCUGAUCGUUUUCCGUUGCUUCACCGGCAUCGGCGGAGGUGGACUGAUGACCAUAGCCCAGACCAUUGUCAGCGACGUGGUGCCUUUAAGGGAAAGGGGAAAAUACCAAGGAAUCCUGGGAGCAGUUGUUGCCAUUGCUAAUGGAAUCGGUCCCGUCAUUGGCGGAGCCCUCUCCUCUAUUUCGGAAGACUCUUGGCGGUGGAUAUUCCGUUUGAAUUUGCCUCUUACCUUGUUGACCACUUGCUGCGUUGUAUUCGUUAUGCCGCUAAAGAAAGUGGAGGGGGACUGGAAAUUAAAGUUGAAAGCUGUCGACUUUCUCGGUAUCGUCCUUACUCUAGCUGGUGUUACCGUCCUAAUGCUGGGACUGACAUGGGGUGGUUCUGAAUACCCAUGGGAUUCCGCUGCCGUAAUCACUACGUUGGUUCUCGGGCUCGUACUAUGUGUAGCCUUUGUUCUGUGGCAAUGGCGUGGACCACGAUAUCCUUUAGUACCCCUACAUAUAUUCAAGUCUAAGAUCGUCAAUGGCGCGUGCCUUACUAUGGCUAUCAACGGCUGGAACUUCGUCGUCCAAGUCUACUAUGUCCCUACGUUCUAUCAGCUCGCCUACGGGUACUCCGCAACCAAGGCUGGCGCUAUGCUGCUUCCAAUUACGCUCAUACAGACGCUUAGUAGCACACUAUCGGGUCUAGUGGUUCACUGGGUUGGUAGGUACCGCGAAUGUAUCUUGUUUGGAUGGGUCUGCUGGGCUAUUGGUCUCGGGUUGAUGUCAACACUGGACGAAAACUCAGGACUCGGGAAACAGAUAGGAUAUGCCAUCAUUAUUGGAGUAGGGGUUGGCAAUACACUCCAGCCAUCUCUAAUAGCCUGUCAAGCUGGAGUCGGGAGGCGAGACAUGGCCGUUGUGACGUCUUUUAGAAAUUUCGUACGAAAUCUUGGAGGAACAUUGGGUCUUGCUAUCUGUGGCACCCUACUGAAUAACAUUCUAGCAAGUUCCAUUUCAUCGCUGGAAAUUGACGGCGCCGACCUCAAAGAUCUCCUCAACGGCCCGCAAUCUUACUUAUCGUCUUUACCCUUUGAUGAGGCGUUAAGGAUCCGCUCGGUUCUCAUUCCUGCAUACCGCCAAGGAUUCAGGGUGAUAUUCCUUGUAGGAGCAUCUCUGGCUGCUUUUGCAUUCGUCAUUGCUUGGUUCAUGAUGCCACAAGUUGAAUUAAGCCGUCCUGAUGAUGAAAAACUGAAAGAGGAGGGCCGAAGGCAGCAAACGGCAAAGCAGAAUGCCCCAACCCCUUAAAGAUAUCGCGAUGACCAUCACAGUUAUCAAUCCUAGAUUUACUACAAUGGGGCGGCUCAAAGCUAC